AUCAGGCAUAUAUUGGCAAGCAUACAAUUAAUAAUUAGUCAUAACUUAGACAUAUCUUUGGUCAUUUAUUAUAAGUGAAAAUAAAAAAAAAUAGUUGUUGUGGAAAGUGACUUACUCAGAAAAAUGGAAAAUUGUGACCAAUUCUAUCUUUUACCAUUCUGGUGUUCUUGUCCAUCCAACAAGCCUCCUAAAACAGAGUUUUUGGUUGGGCUGAUUUUCUGUGCUUUUUCCUUCGCAGCCUACAAGCGACAGGUUCAUGCCGCCUCAAGUCCGGAAAAAAUCUGCGCUGUUCGCCCACCGAUUAACAAGAGUAGUGCCCAGUCCUACCAAAUAUGGAUGGUGAUUCAAAUGAUGGAACUACUACGGAAUCUUUAAAUGGAGAAACAAAACCAGAUGCGGCGAAAUUGGCACAGACAGCCAUCAUUAAACAGGAUGUCAUGCUCUCAGCGACCAGCACACAAUCACCAUUGGCCACAGCCUCAUCUGUAUUUACCAUGCCAACCAUUUCCAUGCCAACCGUUUCCAUGGCAAACAACACCGGACUAGGGGGACUCGCUGACCACCUUUUCCUGCCACACAUCCCCUCGGUGACAGACACGCCUAGUUCUAAUUCUCAUGGAGACGGCAAAGCUGAUGGUGGAAUCACAUCGCUGUCCAGUCCCACUCAGCUGUUUGGUCAGCCGCAGGUGGCAGCACCGCAGUUCUUCCUCACAGGUCAGUCAGUGCAGGCCGCGGCGGCAUCAGCGGCUGGUCAGUGCCACAGUCCGGCCUCCUCAAUCCAGCAGCUUCUCAUUCCUGUCUCCACAGGCAAUGGAGCUCAGCAGUUCAUUAGUAUUCCUGUGUCCCUGGCGGCGGGCGGUAACCAACAGAUCCAGCUUCUCACAACAUCUAACGGACAGAUCAUCGCCACAAAUCUAGCCAACAUCCCCGGCCUAACGCAACCUCUCAACCUCAAUAUCAAUAACACAGGGGCACAUCAAACCCAGAAUUCCACUAAUAACUCCAGUCAAAGUCAUCAACAGGCCAGUGGACUGGGACUGGCCAAUCAACUCGGCUCUCUACCUCAACUGCUGACCACGGGAGCACAGGGGCAGAUCUUAGCUGUCGGUCCUCAGGUAAUAAACCCACUGUCCUUGACGCAGCCUACCCUCGCUUCCUCAGCUAACAGUUCACUCACCCAAGUCUCCCAGACCAACGGCCAGCUAACUGCCAAUCACAGCACCACCUCUACACACCACACAGCAAUUCGCCACGCCCACACCAACAGCCAGCCAACGGUAGCGCCGGUGGUGUCCUCGCCACCCAGACUGCCAACACAGGUUCUCACCCCCACCGUCACCUCUGAUGUCCUGCCCCCAAACGUCAGCCAGCUGCUUCCAAUUAACCUUUCAGACACAGUAGGUAAUUCAACAGAGAGCACCACCGUUGAUGGAAUCAAUCUCGAUGAAAUCAAAGAAUUUGCCAAACAAUUUAAGAUCCGGAGACUGUCUUUGGGGCUUACGCAAACACAAGUAGGUCAGGCACUCAGUGCAACGGAAGGACCUGCUUACAGUCAGUCCGCUAUCUGUAGAUUUGAGAAAUUAGACAUAACACCAAAAAGUGCUCAGAAGAUUAAGCCUGUAUUAGAGCGAUGGAUGCUUGAGGCAGAAGAACGUUAUAAGAAUGGUGUGUCCAAUCUUACUGACUUUAUAGGCAGCGAACCAUCAAAGAAACGCAAACGGAGAACGUCUUUCACCCCACAGGCACUGGAGGUUCUCAACCAGUUCUUCGAGAGGAAUACACAUCCUUCAGGUGCAGAAAUGACAGAACUGUCAGAAAAGUUGAACUAUGACCGAGAAGUGAUUCGCGUGUGGUUCUGCAACAAACGACAAGCGUUAAAAAACACCAUUAAAAAACUCAAACAGGAGACACCCUGACAUAGGGUUUGGUCUCUGCAAAUUUGAUUGGUCAAAUCAUGGUCAGUCUCUUCUUUCCCAGGAUUUGAUUGGCCAAAUGAACUUAGGUCAACCAAUGUUCUCUAAGAAGAAUAGAAGAGUUUCAUUGGCUAUUUCAAUAAGUCAAUCACCUUUACAAAAAAGGAUUUGAUUGGCCAAUGUGUCCGAGGAUUUGAUUGGUUGGAUUUACAGAGCCUUUGCAUUGAUAGGAUCAUCCAAAAAUUUCAGUUCAGUUUCAGGGAUAAAUGCAGCUAAAGGUGUGUGACCCAGUGUAGGGGAUAUGAGUCAAAGCUUAGGUUCCGUGCUUUUGCAUCAUUUAUAUAUAGAUAUACAGUUGUCUUGUAUCCUCACCUUCCUCAUCAUUGGUAUCAUCAUCAUCAACUUCAUCAUUAUCAUCAUUUGUUAGACACGUUGUUCCAGUGUUUUCAUUUUCUGAUCAGGGUCCACUGUUAAAAUCUAAUUAUAUAUCUUUACUUAAAGUUGUGUGUUAAAUAAUGACUAAAAAUAAUGAUCAAUAUGAUAGAUAUGACCACAAUUUAAUCAUGUCAAAAAAAACAAAAAAGGAAAUCCAUUCUGUUCACUUAUAAGAUGUUAUAUUCCAUCUUCACUGUAUGGAAAGAUAUUGACCAAUCCUCAAAGUAAAACUAUUUUCAGUCUGAUAAUGACACAAUUUAACAGUUAUCUCCCUUGAAUCAAUUCAUUCUAUAGUUAUGCAAGGUAGUUUUUUUUUUUAUAUCCGAAAGGAAAAAAACACAAUUGAUGAACAUUAAAUGCACCUUAAACCUGUUUAAGACAGAUGUGACUAAAAUUCCUUUAGUUAUAUCAUCAUUGACCUGUAUUUCCUACGGACAGGGCAUGAUGUGAUAAGAGGAAAUACGUUCAUUAUUUAAUCUUGUAAUCUAAGUUUGGAAUAAUUAUAGGAAAAUGGAAGAAAAUUAAGUUCUUACAGUUCUCUGCAAACUAGAUUGUUCAAGCGAAAUAUUAAAAAUAUUUCCAGUAAGGUUUUUUUUAUUAUUGUUAUCCUUAGAAAUAUUUUUGAAGUUUAUAGAAAUAGAUCUCAUUCGAUCAAAUAAUUAACAAAAAUUGAUAUGAUGCCUAGAUACAAGUCUUGGCUGACCAUUACUGUGUCAGAAUAUAUAUAUUGUAAUCAUUUGAUAAAUAAGAAUUUAUCUUCUACACAGAAACAUAUUUUGAGCAUAAGUUUAGAUGGAACCCACUACAAUGACAGAAAUAUUGUACAUACUAUGUAUAGUAUAAAUUCUAAUGUAGAACUAUGCUGGCUUAUUCUGUGUACUUCACUCCAGCUCCCGAAUGAUGUCUCAUGUAGAAAUGUUCAUCAUAAUAUAAGAAAUAAUUUAAAGGUCAAAAAUUUGUAUUUCAAAUUGUGUUUUUGAAAGAAAUAUAAAUUUCUACAUGUGUUAAAUUUUUCAUUAUUAACCUCAACUUCGCUCUCCAAGGGUGUUCAAUAUGAUACUCUCCUUUCCACAAUGAAAAGGAGAUUAUCUUAUUGAACACCCUUGGCUAGCGAAGUUGUAUUAAGCACUAUGAAUCUGAUAAAAAUGCACCAACUUAAAUACAUAUUUGGUUGCACAUUUUUGUAUUUUUUUAUUAUUGAUAAUUUCGACCACAAGUUCCAUAUUACACAAUUUUUUGUAUGCUGUUAAAUCUCUUUAGAUGUUACAGGAAAGCGUUUUAGUUUUUCUUGUGCAUUAAGCCAUAGGAUAGUUGCAAUAUCACAUCUGAGAGUUCUUUCCCAGCCUCUCUUUUAUUUUUUAUUUUUUAUUGUUGUUUGGGCGGCAUAGUAAUCCUACACUAAUGAAUUGUUGAAAUAAAAUUUGUUGUUAUCUUAUUUUCAUUCAGAGCAUAUGUAAUGUGAACUUGUGCAAUAUAAACUUUCUCUUCCUUUUGUGAUUAAACCACCAAAAUUUGUUCUAUCUUACAUGUUAUCAUGUUAAAGUUUGAUGUUACUGAGCACAUCAUAAUCCUGACAAUAUGUUUUUCUAAAACUCAGUCAUCUUACGUAAAAUCUCCAAAGUAUUUCUUUUUUUUAUAUUUUAAUAGCAUGGAGUGAACAAAGCACCUAUGACAAAGGCAAGUGUUGGAUAAAUAUAAUUGAAACACGAGGAAUUACUUUCAUAUCAAUCGAUGGACAAUGGAAUUAUGGUGAUACAAAAUGUAUUGAUGAAUUUUAAAGUAACAAAACUUUAUUCUUUAACCACUAAUUGCCACAAAUUUUAUUUUGAUGACAUUUUUAUUUGUUUGAUAAUGUUCAUUGCUUUGCAAAUUUUGUUAGUAAAAAUUGCUGUUUGUUUUUAACCAUAUUGGGCUUCCGCUGUUUUCUUCAUUACGUUUUUUCCCUCUUAUAUGUUUGGGUUUUUUUUGUUUUUUGUUUUGUUUUUGUUCAUUCUAUGUCAUUUUCUUUUUAAUAUAUUCUGUCAUGCAUUUAUUUUUAUCAUCUGAUAAUUAUUAUUAUUACUGUGAAAGUAAAAAAUGCUGGAAUUUGCUGUUCUUUCACAAUUUGGAUCUGUGAAAAAUUAAAAACUAUUAAUUACACAUCAGAAGUAUUAAUGAAAAAACAAACCUUAUUUCACUGAAUAUGAAUUUCCUGUACAUAUAUAAAAAUAGUACCUCGAUGAAAAUUAAUUUUACAUUAAUGAGAAUUGAAAAACUUAUUGUGAUUUUAGUUGUGAAAGCAGUUAUUGUGAUAUUUGUUAAUCCUCAACUUGUCAAUCUUGCAUAUAGUGGAUUCUUAAAAUGUAAUUGAUAUAAUAAUUUAAAAAAACGCAGAAUAGAACAAGUCUUUUUAAGGCCAAGUGACAGGAUUUUAGCAGUGGUCUUCACUGUAUUGUACAAAAGGACAAACAUAGGAUCAUUGUUAUUUCAACUUGAUCCUGGUGAAACUUUUGUGAUGCCAGAAUUCAAGUCCCAUUUAUUUGCUUUAUAUCCUGUUAAAAUAUUUGAUAAUAUUUAUCAUGAAUGGAAAAUAUUGAUAUGAGACUGGAAACUAACAUUUGUUUAAAGGGAUGUAAGGUUCACAUUUCCCAUUUAGUGGACCAAUCCAUUGCAUUUAUCUUUAGGGGGAGACAGGAGGUUGAAUCUGUUGUGAGGAGAAAUGAUCUGUUAAUAUUUGUUAUAGAUUUACGUUAAGUGUGUGUAUUUUAGCUUUAUAAUUUUUUAAAGAAUAUUAUAAGAUAUAUAUAUAAAAUAACUUUUUAUUGAUAAUUCACCAUUGUAUAUAUUCCUGUUUAUUUAUUGAUAGAUAAUGUGUUAGAUAAUGUGUUGUAAAGUAUUAUUUAUUUUCUAGGUACAAUAUGGAAGUAGAUUUCCUAACGAUAUUAAUAUCAUCUUGAUGGUGAAAUUUGAUAAGAAUUGAUUAAGACUUGUGUAGUAUUUAUUGAUGUUUAUUAAAAGGAUAUGUGUGACACUUACAUAAGUUGAUAUCAACAAGUUGUAGUAAUAUGUUACGUACAAUUGAUGUUGCCUCACAGAUUUCAUUGUUAUUGAAUUCGUCGAAAGGACAAAUAACUAUCCAAACAGUGCAGUUGCCUCCCUUUCAUACAAUAUCUUUGUAUAGACAAGGCCACUUACACGAAUCUCUUAAAAUGAUAAUUGAAAAAUUAAUCAUUUGCUGAGAUGACAGAACGCUGUAAUAUUGCAUAUCAAGCCUGUUGAUAAUAAUAUUAUCCUGUUACAGUAUGUAUAUCUGAAUCAUGUAGGCCUGAAACCUGUGACUAAAUCACCUGUAAUCUGGUUUAAAUAGUACUUUCAAGGACACUCCCCCAGUCAGUUAUGUUAAGUUAAAGGGUCACCUGUCUGACCAAGUGGGUUUUCCCGGAGUACCCUGGUUUCCUCCCGCGCUAAGACCCCCCACACGGGUUUUCCCCGAGUACCCUUCUUUCCUCCCGCGCUAAGACCCCCCACACUGUUACUCCAGGCCAGCAAUGAUGUAAAAUAAAUAACCCCUCAGAAACUAUCACAGAUUUGGACUAGUGCUGGAAUUAAAAGCUAUACAUCUGUCUUCGAAGAGUUUCUGAAUAUUUGAACAACAUUGAUGUAAAUGCAGUUAACAAGAAAAUGAAACAGAUAUUUUUUUAAUUUCUUGUUAUCUCUAUGACAGAAAACUCAAACUACCAGAGGAUAUUGUUUUAGGUGAACCAUAAAGAUUGGCCUCCAAAGAUGAGAACUCAUACAGGCCAACAACAUGUUUAGAUUUAUUUGUUUAUCGUUGAUUUGUUCUGUGAAAUUAUAUAAGUGUCCCAUGUGACUUUUCUGUGUGAAUUGAAAUACAGAAAUUAUUUUGUUUAAAUUUGGUUUGAUCCUCAUAUUUUUUGAAAAUGCCAAUUAUUCAGGAAGGGAGGUAACUCGUCCAGUUAGUAGAAGUAUUUACCAAAUUUGACAAAGAUGGAAUACUUUUGUUAGUGUACAUUAAUACACUUAACUUUUUUUGUGCAAUGAGCAGAUAACCUGCGUGAAAAUUACUGCCAUUUUAUUUGUUAAACAUUGAAAGGAAGUUCAGGUUGUUGAUAUUUGUGAGGUUUGUCCCGUUUUCAUUGAAGUCCAUUUUACAUGUUAAGCGUUGUCACUUCAACAAAUGUGUUUGGACUGUUGGCUUACUGAUUUACUACAUUAUCCCUACAUUAAGCAUACUUGCCAAAUUUUAGGAAUUUCAAUGAAGGAGAUAACUCUGGUUCAGUUCGUCAUGCCUAAGAAAAGUACAUUUAUAGCACUGCAUUUGACGGAGUAAUACAUUCGAUGUUUGUGAAUGCUACUCGUUCUUAUGGACUUGCUGGAUUUAAAUGAACAAUAAAAAUGUUGGGUUUUUUUCUGAUAAUUUUCGUCUAAAUGAAAAGUUGUCAAAUGAACAAUAAAAAUGUUUCUUUUUGAUAGUUUUUCUGAAUGAAGAGUUGUCAAGUAUACUUUAAAGGAGCACCCUUCUGAGUGAAGGGAGAUUACUCUGCAAUACAUACAAUUUUAUUGCAUGCCGGGACUUGGCACAAAUUUAAACCCAUGUCUAUAUAUGUAUUGUAUGAAUGUUUAAACAUUUGUAUUUAAUGGUAUGUAAUUAGUGACAAGUCCCUGCGAUUUUAAGGAUCUAAAAUGUCAUUUGUUGAUGGUUUCUGUAUACAUGAACAAUGUGUAUAUUAAGUGCUGAUUAUUAAUGCUGUUUGAAAUGUAGGUAUUUUGCUUUAAAAAGAUUGUGUUUUGGAGCACUGUCUCUUGAAAUGUGUUGUUGAUUUAGACAAUAACAAUGCUGGUAGUGACUGUGUCAUCAUUGUUUACAUUGUAGACAUCUUUAUUUGCUUACUUUUUCUAACACAAAAUGAAGAAGAUAUCAAAACAUAGAGAACAAAAUCUAUAGGUUGUGCAAAUGUUUAGUUGCAAGAAAAUCAUUUUAAAAUGAGAAUAUUUUUAUAGUGUCUUGCUUCAUUUAAUAAUGUCACUGUCAAUUCUUCUGUCUUUGGCUUAAACACCCUGUUUAUUUGAGCAAACCUGGCAAUCUCCAGUACAAAACUUUAGUCUCAAAAAUAAGAGAUUUUGAAAAUAUAAUCCAUUAUUUUCACUUAAUAUAAUAUGGUUUACCAUUAAAACUGGGUUGAUUAUUCAGUUCAUAAGAUCUUUAAGUCAUAUGAUAUUUUAAUUUACGUAACAAAAACAAUUCCAGUUUUGACUUCUUGACGGGACUGCAGGCGGAACAGGCAGGUCUGAUCUAAGGGAGAUAACUCUUUUUUUUUUAUAAAAGCUCUAAAGAGGAACUCUUCUGUGUGAUUACAUCUGCUGCUAUUUAAUUUAUAUCUAUAAUGCAAGGUAUCCAGACAAUUGAUAAUCUAUAUGGAAAUGUCUAGUCAUUCCAGUGCUGUACUCACAAGAUUUGGGAUCAAAGGAAAUCAUGUUACACUCAACAAGCUCAUCAGAUUCAUGAUAGUGUAAAUGUCGCAUCAGAUCAUUCAUUUAUAGAAAGAAAUGGACAUUUCAUUCCAUGUGAAAUAUGAGGGCAUUUUUAUCUUCAUUAGAGUAGUACUAUCCAUGUUUCUUCAGAUUAGCCUUUGAUAUGUAAUAAUAUGUCAAGAUUUUUGAAAAAUAAUGAGUCUGAAGAAGCUUGGUAAAUGUUUGUUUAUCAUUAAUUUAUAAAGAAGUAUAUAUAUGUAUAAUUAAUUCUUCUAGGCAGCCCUGUCUUCUUGUUGUUUUAUUUGUUGGUAUGUUUACUAUUUAUUUUGUAUUUUAGAAUUGAACAAUUGUAUUUGUGUAUGUCAACGAACGAUCUUUUACAAUACAUAUUCUUUAUUACUGCUUCUUAUAUCUCUUGAAAAGAUCUUUAAAAAAAACUGUCGCUAGCCACUUUAGUUUAGACAAAAAGGGACCAAUUCCCAAGUCCCUGUGCCCUACAGAAUCAACCUUCAUGUUCCUGUGUUAUGAAAGGACAAGUUGUAUGAAUACAUCUACUAAAGACCCUGUGUCAUGAUAAAUAAAUGGCAUGUGUACUUCUACUCAAGUCCCUGUGUCACGACAGGACAUGUGGUAUAUGUAUUUCUACAUAAUUUCCUAUGUCAUGGUAGAGUCCCUGUGUUAUCUUAACGAAAGUGCAUGCAUACUGACAUUUCGCACUCCUUUUUGUGACGUUCUGUUAUAUUUGGAAGGGAGAUAACUCUUUCAUUCUUUGGCUUCUUAUGUUUUUAUUUUUAAUGAUGCGCUUGCUUUUUUACAUUAAGGUGCUAUAACUUGUCACAGAGUAUUGGAUGUUUCAGUGUUUGUGAAUUUCAUCGUUCGUGUAUUAUAUGUUAUUGAAAACAUAAUAAAAUAUGUCAAAUAUA